AUGCAAUUUUCAACCGUCGCUGCUUUAUCAAUUUUAUCUACCGGUGCUUUAGCUGCUUUCCAAAAUGCUACCACUAUCACUACUGAAAUCACCGUUACUGGCUAUACUACUUACUGCCCGGAACCAACUACUUUAACUUUAACUGUUUGUGAUGAAUCAAAACUUUGUGCUCCAUCACAAAUUGUUGUUACUGAAGCUCAAACUGUUACCGUUACCGAAGAAUGUGUUGUUCCAACUUCAUACACUACUACUGAUGUUACAGUCACCAAAACUUAUACUUGUACUGAUGCUGCAUGUAAACAACCAACUCAAGCUCCGGUUGUUGAAGAAUCAUCAUCAUUAGCUGAAGAAUCAUCAUCAUUAGCUGAAGAAUCAACUACUUUUUCAACCGCUUACGUUAAUAUUACCUCAUACGAAGGUGCUGGUGUCAGAAACGCUGCUGGUGUUGCUGCUGGUUUCGCUGCUAUUGCUGCUGCUUUAAUGUAA